CCAGGCCUGGCCUUCCCCGACUGGGCCUGCAAAGCCGAGUCGUCCCCGGGCUCCCGGCAGAUCCAGCUAUGGUACUUCAUCCUGGAGCUGCUGCAGAAGGAGGAGUUCCGCCAUGUCAUCGCCUGGCAACAGGGAGAGUACGGGGAGUUUGUCAUCAAGGAUCCAGACGAGGUGGCCCGCCUCUGGGGCCGCAGGAAGUGCAAACCACAGAUGAAUUAUGACAAGCUGAGCCGGGCCCUCAGAUAUUACUACAAUAAGAGGAUCCUGCACAAGACCAAAGGCAAAAGUUUCACUUACAAGUUCAACUUCAGCAAGCUCAUCGUCGUCAACUACCCUCUGUGGGAGUCGCGGGCACCGCCAUCCCUCCACUUGCUGCUGGGGGCCCCUGCUCUGUUUCGACCAGCCCUGGUGCCCAUGUGUGUACAGAGUGAGGUAGGCAUGAAAGCUGGUCCCAUCCCCAGAGCUCCACCGGAACCUGCCUCUCUGCCUCAGGGGCCCAUCAGCUUUCAAUGUUCUUCUCCCCCUGCAUCCUUAGUCCCUGAGUGUCCCCGGGGUGGGGGUGAUACUCUGAACCACCCCUACAUACUUAACGAUCCCUACAGUAGAGCACCUGCCUAUGAGAGAGGGCAACUCCUUCUGUGCCAGGAUCACAGGGAAGGAGGUGGCGGGGUCUCAGGGGAGGGCCCAGGACAUCUCCUGCAUAGCAGGCUGUCCACCCAUUGGGCCAUGGCAGAGCAGCUGGCUGGACAGCGGACCCCUCAAGGACCACCAGAGGCCUCCAGGGACAAGAAGGGAAGCGGCAGCAUUGUCCACCGGCAGCACUUCCCAGGGUCCUCCAUGCCGGACACCCUGCUCCCAGGACCCGCAGGGGCUGCAGGGGCCCCAGGGGCCCGGCAUAUUCCUGGCCUUCCUCUGUUGGCCGGGCUGGCGCAGGGGGCUGGGGAGAGGCUCUGGCUCCCAAGCCUGAGGCCCGAGGGGCUGGAGGUGAAGCCUGAUCCCACGAUGGAUCCCAGAGAGGGCUUCUCCUCAGAGAGGCAGGAACCCUACAUUGUAGAGGAAAGUCCUGUGUCCCCCAAUCUGAAGAACUUCAAAGCAGCGUGGCCCUUGGAUCCUCCUUAA